UAAAAUAACUGCUUUUUAGAUAGUUGAAAAUGCUUUUAAAGAAGCAUUGAAUAUAGAGAAAGAACAAGUUCAGAACAUAUGCAAAGAUGUAAAGGAAGCAGAGGAGCAUGAUGCUAGACAACAUCAAAAGUACAUCGAUGCUAUGGAAAAUCUUUAUAAAACUCAGUUUUCUCUGCUUGCUGAAUCUUUAGCUAUUGAAAAAAAAGAUGCAGAAGAGAGACUGAAAGCUCAGAAAAAGGUUAUGAGAAUGAUGCAACAAGAAUUCCGUGAGAAUCUCAAGGAGGAAAUUCGAGAGAUGCAGAAAAAUACGGUUGAAAUAAUGCAGGAUACUCAUUUUCGAGAACUUGAUGCUGAGCAGUAUAAAGCAAAAGUGCGACGAAAAUUUCAUUAAAUUCCUGUAAAAUGAAAUAUAUAAAAUAUGUAUAUUUCUUGAUGUGAAUUAAUGUGUAAAAAAGAGUAACAUAUGUAUAAUAAAUUAAAUAAUGAGUUUUUAAAUUAAAAUAUGCAAAAUAAGCACAUCCUUUG